ACCAUGUUCUGCGAGAGGGCCAUGGAGCUGGUCCGCGAGCUGCACCGCGCGGCCGAGGGAAGGCUGCCGGCCUUCAACGAGGAUGGACUCAGGCAAGUUCUGGAGGAGAUGAAAGCUUUAUAUGAACAAAACCAAUCUGAUGUGAAUGAAGCGAAGUCAGGUGGACGAAGUGAUUUGAUACCAACCAUCAAGUUUCGACACUGUUCUUUGUUAAGAAAUCAGCGCUGCACUGUAGCAUACCUGUAUGACCGAUUGCUUCGGAUUAGAGCACUCAGGUGGGAAUGUGGCAGUGUCUUGCCAAGUGCUUUACGAUUUCACAUGUCUGCUGAAGAAAUGGAAUGGUUCAAUCAUUACAAAAAGUCCCUUGCUACCUACAUGAGGUCGUUGGGAGGAGAUGAAGGUUUGGACAUCACACAGGAUAUGAAACCUCCAAAAAGCCUAUACAUAGAAGUGCGGUGUCUAAAAGACUAUGGAGAAUUUGAAGUUGAUGAUGGUACUUCAGUCCUAUUAAAAAAAAAUAGCCAGCACUUUCUACCUCGGUGGAAGUGUGAGCAGCUGAUUAGACAAGGCAUCCUGGAGCAUGUGCUAUCGUGA